UUUUAAAAUGGCGGAUGUUGAAGAAAAAGCUCCCUCAGAAAUCGAGAAAAGAGAGGACGAAGUAGAGCUUGAUGUGGGGAAAUGUGCUGCAGAAUUUGCGCAAUAUUGUCAAGUUGAUGUAAAGAAUGAGUCUAAAGUUAUCGAGGAAACCAUCGAGGAUAUGCUUGUUCGUUUGGACGAAUUUUCUCAUCUAGCUGACUCGAUACGCAAUGAUUCCUCACAAUCCUUGAUAGAAAUUAUUCCACAACUUUAUGAAAGAUCUCAGGAACUUCCAACAAUCUUCAGAAAGAUUGAUCAACUAGAGGCUUUUGUAAAUGCAGUCAAGAAAAACGUGGAUGAAAUGGAGGAAAGUGUGUCAACAGCGGAAAGGGAACUUGGAAGUCAUAAAAUUCAAAAAGUCCUAAAAUCCAUACCAGGACUUAGACAGAUGACUCAGGGUCCUACAAAGCAAGAGAAAAAUUUCUCAGACUGGAAAGCACCAGCUGUGUUCAAAACAAGUGACUUCCUUGGUCAAGUAACAACAGAGGAACUGUCGGUCGAAGGUGACGAUACUCAAAAAUCUGCGACGGAUAAUUCCUCGCCGGACAAGCCCACAGAUGACAGCACAAGCCAUACGACAGACAGAUAAAGAUAGAACAAGAAAAUUAAAACAAGAUGAGAAAAAAGCAAGAAUUUAUGAGCUGUCUAGAGUACAGAAUCAGGUUACUUUUUCUUAUCUCUGGUGGAAAAAAGUCACCCAUCAGAAAAUCAUGUUUUAAUGCUACAGAAAUAUUCUAAGUUUAUCAACAUUUGGAGAACACUAGAAUAAUAGUUCUUAAUUAUAAAUCAAAUCAUUACCGUGGUCUAUAACCGUAUUUGUUAAAAGGGACGUUGUAUGUAACAAUGACAGGUUAAGAAAUAAUUGAGUAAGGGUAUUGGCAAAAUAAGAGCUUACAUUUUCAUUCAUAAAUCAAUGCGAGUUUGUAAGAGAACAGUGUAAUUUCAACCAAGUCAGUAUUUAAAUACAUAUGAUAGGUUAAAGUUUUUCUUAAAUUCCAGCUUAGAAUAUAUGACAUGAUGAUAAAGUAAGGACAUGGAAUUUCUAAAUAGGAAAUUCUAUUGUAGUAUUCUGCCGGGAUUAGUACCGAAUUAGCCUGCGUUACCGGCGCCGUUUUUUUAUUUUUUAUUUUUUAUUUAUUUAAUUAUUUUUUUUGUUUGGCGCUUUGGGAAAAUCUACACAGCGCAACCGCGAAAUUUGAGUGGAGAAACCGUACAAAGCCUCCCUUGGCAAAACCGCUAAACGCUUCAAAGCACACACAGAAACGCCAGUUACGCAGACUGCUGGAAAUAUUACAAAAAGGAACAAAAACUUUUUUUGUAUGAAUUAAAAAUUUCUUUCCAAAAUGA